AUUGAACCCCUCCAAAGCUGUGAUAAGAAAAAAGUUGGUCGCGACAACAUUGGAGAGAAUUCAAGCUGAAAUUUCAAGAUGGCGCCAUACGAUAGCGACUCUUCCGCUGGAGAGGAGGACGAGUUUACGGAGACUAAUGUGCUCCUCGGAUAUGCAUCAAAAGACCCUGGCGAUGAGACAAUAAGUCGUCUGGGAGGCCGUCCUGAAUGGCUCGAUGAAAGCAGCCCGCCGUCAGCAGCACUCGCGCGGUGUAAUAUCUGCAAGGACUUGAUGGUCCUCCUAUUACAACUAGAUGGUGAACUACCAGAACGCUUCCCCGGCCAUGAGCGGCGGUUAUAUGUCUUCUCAUGCCGGCGCAAAAGCUGUCGCCGAAGAGAGGGAAGCAUUCGCACUCUACGUAGUGUGCGGAUAGCACCCAGUAGCACAGUGUCGAAUGUUUCCGCGAAAGCUACGAAGGACAAGAAAGAUGAGAAGCCAAAGCCCAAAGAAGAAGCACCAAAAUCGCAACCACCAUCUAAUCUAGGAGAGACCCUAUUCGGCGCCAAAACAAUGGGAUCUCCGUCUGGAUCCGCAAAUCCAUUCUCUACAACUGUCUCUUCGUCCGGCAAUAGCAAUCCCUUCGCCAGCCCCAUCAAUCCAUUCAGCAGUUCCCCAGCACCCCCCAAGGAAACAAAACCCGAACCCGAACCCGAACCCGAGUCCGAGUUCGCCUCACAAUCACUCACAACCAAAACCACAACCGCAGACGAGAUAAAAGACCUGCCCAAAACCUUCGCCGAAACCCUUUCCCUCAACAACCCACAAACCCAAGCCCCAUCAACCCCACCCGAGCCCUGGCCCGCCGCGGCACAGCAACCGUCACCAUACCCCAUAUCCUACCUCUCCGAAGCCGACUACGAGACCCUCGACCCAACCCCAGCGCCGAUCCCACAAAACACGCGCAUGGACAUAGACUCGACCGACAACAGCAAGGGCGGGAAAGAAGACCGCGAAGUCUUUGAGUCGACCAUGGACACCACGUUCCAGAAAUUCGCAGACCGGCUCUCGCAGAACCCGGAACAGGCCAUCCGGUACGAGUUCGGGGGGCAGCCACUGCUGUACUCGAAGACGGACACGGUGGGGAAGUUACUCCAUGUAGCGACACCAGGCAACGGCCCUGGGAAUGGGGUGACGACGACAGGGGGAGGCAUCCCGCGGUGUACGAAUUGCGGCGCUGGAAGGACUUUUGAGGUGCAGAUGACCCCGCAUGCGAUUACGGAGCUGGAGGCUGAGGAGUUGUCGCUAGAAGGUAUGGAUUGGGGAACUAUUAUCGUGGGUGUAUGUGAGCGGGAUUGCCAGAUGCGGGGGGUGGCGGAGGGGCAGGUUGGGUAUGUGGAGGAGUGGGCUGGGGUGCAGUGGGAGGAGUUGACGGGGCGGCGGUGAUGAUGGCUGGAAUAACUGAGAAAAGCAUCCAUGGAUGUAAAGAAGAAAAAAGUAGCUGAGAGCUUCGUAUCGAGUAAUGAACAAGAUAU